CUCUGGUUGUAAGCAACUUAUCGAUUAUUUAUAUUCCUAGCGAUACAAUUCUAUGCUUUAUUCGGAUUUAAGAUUGUAACUGUUGAGGUUACAAGUUAUCUAUGUUUGCGUCAUUUUUGUUUCCGCCACCAACAAUGUAUCAAAAUCAAAUUUGCACGAGUUUCCUUUUGAUAUAUCUAACCUCCACCCAGUGCUGUUUUGUUUUCCAGUUAAUUCAGCAAAAUGUGUUGUGGUAAAACAUGUCUAAAAUCAACCGGGUUGAUUUUCCUUACAACUUUUACUAUUAUCAGCAUUGCCGAGAUAGUAUUCGGAACCUACAUGUUGAUAAAUAUGUACAAAAUUAACAGACCGGAAACCCUAGGUGAAAUGUAUAUUGCAAUACCGUCCCUGUCACUGAUUCUUUUUGGAAUAGCUCUCCUGCCCUUGAUUAUUUUAGGGUGUUGUGGGUAUUGCAAGGAAGUCGCUUGCUGUGUCAAUAUGUACUCAGCAGUUUUACUGGUGCUAUCUAUCCUGCAAAUAUUGAUAGGAGUAUUUGCCAUCAUUACAUUCAGGUGGUCCAAUGCUGGUUUGAUCGGUCAAAUCCAAGAAGAUUUUAAGUAUUCAUUCAAACAUUUCCAGAAAGAUCCGUUAUUCCUUAAUACUGUACAAAAAGAGAUGCAUUGCUGUGGUCAUACCUCACCCGCAAACUGGGCGAAUCAACUGCCCAGUUCUUGCUGUGGAGAUAACGAAGUUAAAUGUGAAUUUAAUUCAAACUUUUUGUAUGAGAAUGGCUGCACUAUCGUAGUAGUUGGCUACGUCGUGUUUUAUAAUCUUAUAAUAGGAUAUGCUUCAGUAGUUUUUGGAGCACUAGAGGUGCUUGUGACCAUUUUGGGUUUUUCUCUGGGAUGCGGAAGCUUUAAACAUUAUAACAUGGUCUAGAUUUGCGUUAAAAUUUAUAUCUUAAGAAAUAACGUAAAUAAGAACACAACGGUGGAAUCUACAUUUCUGUUUUGUGAAAUGUAUUGCAACAAUCAGUAAUAAAUAUUUUUGGAAAUCUGC